AUGGCGAUCGUUUCCCACCGCCCUCGCCAUGACGACCAUUGUGGCACGUGGGCGUACCAGGCGCCAGAGCUCCUUCUCGAAGAGCCCUACGACCAUUCGGUUGAUGUGUGGGCCUUUGGCGUCGUGCUCUACGAGAUGCUGACGUACGAGAAGGCCUUCUUCGACGACUUCAGCGCCAUCCAAGGUGAAUUCAACUUUCGGGAGGACGCGUCCCGGCUCUUGCACGACCUUCUCCGCGGCAUGCUCGCGGUCGACCCUCGUCGCCGCCUCUCGCCUGCCGCGAUCGCUGCCCAUCCUUGGCUCACGUCCUCGUAA